CUGGAGGCUAGUAAAAGACUUCGUUUCGAUGUCAUCGCUCUCCAGGAAACAAAAGCAAAAGAAACAGCUACCAGGAAGACCAACGAUGGCCACCUAAUUGUUCUCGGAGCCAAACUGAGCGGAAGAAAUGUCGGUGGUGUUGGAUUCCUCGUCCACCAUCGGCUCGAGCACAUGGUCGAUUCAGUCGAAGUGAUCGGCCCGCGACUGGCCAUCCUACGUCUACGCAUCGACAAGCGCACUUUCGUUAGUAUUAUCAACUGCUAUGCACCGACGUCAGCAGCUACGGACGAAGAAAAGGACGCGUUCUACAAGGAAUUGGAGGAGAUGAUAAAAAGGGAACGGUCCUACUACAAAUAUGUUGUCGGAGACUUUAACGCAGUCAUCAUGAGGAAAUGCCAGCGACAGCGCGCAUUGGGCCACACGGAACCGGAGAAACAAACGAGAACGGCGAACGUUUGA